AUGGCCAUCUUCCCAUUGACCAGAUACACAACCCACAUGGGCACGUCGGGCCUAAAGCUCAACUUUCUCAUUGCCGGCAUUGCAACAUGUGCAUUUUGGCUCUUCGGAUACGACAUGAGCGUCAUGGGCGGUCUCAUUACCGAGGAGACUUUCACAGUGGUUUUUCCCGAAAUGAACAACGCCGAUGUUCAGGGCAUUGUGAUCGCCUCGUUUGAACUCGGUGCUCUUGUCGGCGCCCUUGCCUGCCUGGACCUUGGCGACCGCCUCGGUCGUCGUCAGAUCAUCUGGCUCGGUAUGCUCUUUAUGCUGGUUGGCGGCAUAUUACAGACCAGUGCCUGGGCCAUUUCUCAGCUAGUCUUGGGUCGCGUUAUCAGCGGCAUCGGGCUCGGGUUGCAGGUCGCUACGGUGCCGUCAUGGCAGUCUGAAUGCGCGAAAGCCCAUAGUCGCGGACGCUGGGUCAUGAUUGAGGGGGGGUUGCAGACAUUUGGCGUUGCUUGCGGCCAGCUCGUUAGCUAUGGAUUCUUCUUUGUCAAGGGUCAGGCUCAAUGGCGUACACCUGUGGGCAUCCAACUUGUCCCGGCCUUGAUCGUCUUCAUCUUCAUUAAUUAUCUUCCUGAGUCACCACGCUGGUUGAUCAAACAUGGCCAUGUGGAAGAGGGCAUAUACAACCUGUCAAAACUUCGAGGCCUGCCCGACGACCACCCAGACCUAGUGUUUGAACGAGAUUCAAUCAUCGCCUCAUUUGAAGCUCAGGCUGAGCUCGCUCCGUUCUCAUAUAGAGAACUUCUGGACAUGGGAAAGACCAAGACAUUCCAUCGCGUCGCCAUCGGUGCUUUCAUGCAAGCCGCGCAGCAAAUUUCCGGAAUCAACUUGGUCUCAACAUACGCCAACAAGAUUUUGCAAGAGUCGUUCAGCCUCGACGCUGGUACAUCACACCUCAUCGCUGCCAUGGGAGGCUUGGAGUACGCUCUAUGCUCGCUUCUGGCCGUGUUGCUCAUAGAAGGCCUUGGGCGUCGCCGGGCCUUUCUGUGGACUACGGCCGGCAUGUCCUGUUGCUUUGCUGUCAUCGCUGGGCUUCAAAGCACGGAUUCGCCCACCUGCCAACUGACCGCCGCCGGGUUUCUGUUUCUCUUUAAUACUUUCUUUGGCCUUGCCUGGGUUGGGGGGCCGUUUUUGUACAGCGCCGAGAUUGCACCUCUGCGAUGCCGCGCGCAGGCCAAUGCCGUGGCGAGCGCUGCCAACUGGUUGUUCUGCUUCGUGGUGGUCAUGAUUAUCCCACCCGCUUUCCAGAAUAUCGGCUGGAAGACGUAUAUCAUAUUUGCCAUCUUCAAUGCCUGCUUCAUACCAGUCAUCUACUUUUUCCUGGUUGAGACCAGAAAGAGGAGUCUCGAGGAGCUUGACGUCAUUUUUGCUGCGGGUGGUGAUCCGGUGAAAAAAGAAAAGACGAUGCCGUACAACAUACCUAUUGAGGAGGCCCGGAGGAUCCUUGGUCUUUCUGAGAGCCCUAUCGCUGAAGUAAUAGAACACGAUGAAAAGAUGUCAGAAUGA